AUGCGCGUUCGGUCCGACUGUGCCGUUACCGUCUCUCAUCUCGUUGCUUUUCUUCGUUCUUCGUUCGUGUUGUUGGAACGCCCGGAUGACGUGGCGAACAAUGAGUACAAAAUGAGGUGUACUCGACGAAUUGCUGUUUACAUCGAAAAUAUGCUGUGCACGCCGCUGGGUGAGUGGGACCAUGGAAGCAAACCGCACAACACACGAGGCCAGCCACCGAACAUCACUGCAUAA